AUGGCAGGCUUCCUGGUACCCUGUCCUCCAGUGAGGCUGUGCGUUGGUCUUACAUGUGUCCUGUCCCUUUGGAACACAGUGUCUGCUGUUAAAGGAGAAUCCAAGAAGGAAAAGUUCAUGACAUUCCUUCCUACAACAGCAUCUGGACUUGGAGAAGAGAGGAAGGAAAAAGGGGUGGCUUUUCUCGAUACCACAGAGCUGCCUGCAAGGUCGGUCGAUCUGUCUGCCCUGAACCUGACAGAGCUGGUGAAUGGAAUGCUGAAUAGAGCUUUAAAAGAUACCAAGAAGUUCUUCUCCUUGCUAAGCAUCACUUCCUACAGCUCCUUUGCCUUCCACAAGUUUUCUGUGGCCGUUUACAACAUUUCCAACCUGAAGACUGUGGACCCCACCAAAUUCCCCACCCGGUACUGCUACUGUGUGAACAACAGGACCAAUGACUUGUCAGAUUUCACGGCCCUACUGGUGGAUGUCAUUGGAAAUUCUACCAGCUACCUCACAGAGAUUUUUAAGUCAACUUCCAUCCUCUCCGUGAGUCAAACAAACGAAUCGGACUGCAUCUUCAUCUGUGUGAUGACAGGAAAGUCAGGAAGAGAUCUUUCUGACUUCUGGGAGAUGGCGGAGAAAUCUCCUGUUAUCAACUACACAUUCACCAGCAGCAUGUCUGGUGUUCUAGGUGCAGCUCCCAGGGGCACAGCUGUGACUUCAAAACUCACACCCACGAGCCAGCAGACACUACCAAGGACAAGCCCCCUGCACAGAGCCCAGAGCACCAGGGCACCUGCUCCAGGGACCUCUCCCUGGACAGAGACAACUCCUCCUGCAGAGGGAGAGCCGGCCAUGAGCACGAACAGGCUUUCCAAGCUCCACGCCAGGGCCACAGCCAUGGCCACGCAGGGUGGUCCCUCUCCCACCCUCCCAGCCUUGGCAUCCCUGAAAUUAGAGAUCGACAUGAGCCAGUGUGAGUUUGAUACAGACGAGCAAAGGCAAGAUGUCACCUGCCCCCAGCCUCCACCUUCUCCCUCCCAUGCAGGAACCUCCACCCGUGGCACACGAACCCCAAGCCCAACCAAGGCACCUGCCCCGAAAUAUCCACAGACAGGUGACCUCCCUACAGCAUGGCCACUUACCCCUAAAGAAGAGCCAGCCUUGGUCCUGGGACUCCACCAAGUCUCAAGGUGUCCUGAGCUGCUCCUUGAAGAGGGGGCCGUCACCGCCGCUUCCCUCACCUUGGCCAUCCAGAAGUUCAACCCUUGCCUGAUGGAGCUGUGUCGCUUUUUCCAGCAAUGCCUCUGCAUGAGCCAGAAGAGAGAGGCUAGAGCAGAGGCCAUGAGGUACUGUCUUCAAUACUAUUCCUGGUUUCUGAAGAGUGCAACAUACAUCUGUCAGAGGGUGAAAAGGGUGUCCCACUCCCACACGUUAAAACAAAAAUGCCUCCAGAAUAUCUGUCAGUCAGUGUGA